AUGGCAUUCGAGCUAAAGGAAAAGGGCAACGCCCUGUACAAGGAGGGAGACUACACCGGUGCGGAGGAGCUAUUCUCGCAAGCGAUUCUCAAGAACCCCCGCGAACCGACCUUCUUCACGAACCGCGCCCUUACCCGGAUUAAGCUCGGGAAGUGGGAAGGCGUCGAGCAGGAUGCGCGCAUCGCGAUCGACCUGUAUGGGCAAAAGUCCGCGAGUAGCCUGAAGAGCCGUUGGUACCUUGCGCAGGCGCUUCUGGGCCUGCAACGCCCGCAGGAAGCCUACGAUGUUGCGAUCGAUGCAUACAGAGCGAGUCUGGCCGGUAAGAACCCGCAAUCGGAGAACCUGUCCAAGGUCAUCCUCCGCGCUAAGCAGGCGAUCUGGGCCGCGAAGGAAUCGGCACGGCUGCACCAGAUGAACCACACGCUGGCAAAGGUGGAGUCGCUGAUCGAGGCAGACCUUAAGAGUGCAUUGGCGGAUGUGCAGGGUCAGCUGGACCGGGGCGAGAUUGGCGAGACCGGGUUUCAUGAGGAUCAAAAGGCUCUGCGGGACGAGGCCCAGGAGAAUAUCAAGAACGUCCGGGAAGCAUUCCGCAUUUCGACGAACGGGGAGGUUCAAGAACGGAUCGUCCCGGACUACCUCAUCGACGGAAUCACCUUUGAAAUUAUGCAUGACCCGGUCAUCAUACCCUCCGGAACGAGUUUCGACCGUAUAGGGAUUACAAAGUACGUUGAACAAUCAGGUGUUGACCCGAUCACGCGAACCCCCAUGACGGUCAAUGACCUACGUCCAAACUAUGCCCUGAAAGCGGUAUGUGAGGAAUUCCUGACCAAGAACGGCUGGGCUGUGGAUUGGUAG